AUGGCCAAAUCAGUUUGUGCUGUUCCUGCCACCACCUGCUCACCCCCAGCCGCUGCGCUGCCACAGUCCGAAGACUCCCGGGAAGGUGUCCUGCUCUCCGCAGGGUCACAUACUCAUAGCUCUGAGACCCCUGCCUUCACGGAAGAGCUUGCAGUCUACGCUCUCGGGGGCAGGAGUCAGAGGCAGAGGACCAGCCUCCCAGCUCCCUGCCCAGGGAGCCAGAUGCUGGAGCCACUGCAGAAACGGGCAGAUAAACAGGUAAAGGAGCACGGAGUCAGCAGUAGCUGCCCCAGUAGCCUUGCCCCAAAUGAUGGUGCUCCUGAGGGGGGUCACAUCAUCAGUGACUACAAACGCCUGUUGGUGCUGGGGGCUGAUGUGGACGCCAUGCUUGGAAAGGGCUUGUUGUUCACAGAUGCCUUCACGUGGAAUCUGACGUCAGAUGACAGCAGGAGCUGGCUGCACUCACAGCAGCUGCAGCUAAAAAUAGGCGUGAAGGACCAACUCCCUCCAGAGGGUCCCAGUCCUCAGCCGUCCUGCCUGGGGGCCUGUGGCACCAUGAGGUCACUGCGUUGCCUUUCCUCCGAGGCCCUGGCGGCCCAUGCGCCGGUGGCCUUGCAGAGCCUGGACUGUGUGGCCCACAACCUCUACCCUCUGCUCUUCAAGGCCAGCUACUUGCUGGAGCAGGUGGACCUGGUGCAGGCCUUGCUGGUGCGCUGGCCGCUGGAGGAGUUCCGGCUCGGCGCGCUGCUGGGGCCGGGCACCGACCAUCCCGAGGACCUGCGCGACCGGCCCUGCCGGCCCUGCCUAGAGGCCUGCGUGCGCGGCCUGAGGGGCCACGUGCUGCGCGCUGAGGGCCGCACGCAUCUGCGGCUGGCGGACCUCACCGGCCUGCGCGACGUGCAGGAGCCGCGGUGCCGCUGCGGACGGACGCUGGGCCGCUGGGGCCGCACGGAGCUGCUGGCCCGGGCCUGUUUGGAGCUGCAGGCAGAGCCACGCGUGGCUGGGAGCCCCACCGUCGAAGUGCUGGCUGACCUUUUCGUCACCGAAGGCAAUUUUGAGGCGGUGGUGCGCGCCCUGCGACAGGCGGGCACCGCGCCGCUGCGGUUGCUCUGCCCUUCGUUCAGGGCUGACAGCCUGCGCCCGGCCCAGCUACUGCAGGUGCUGCGGCUGGCGGGCCCCGGGGCACUGCGCAGGCUGGAGGUGGUGCACAACGUACGGCUGCAUGCCGGUCACGUGGAGCAGCUCCUGGCGCAGGUGCGCUUUCCCCGGCUGACGGCGCUCACGCUGCCCGCCAAGGCCUUCGACGCGCCGCCGCUGGCCCAGGGGUCCGGCCCCCACGACGAGGACUCCCACCUGGCUGCCAUCGCCAGGGCGCUCAGCCAGAUGACCCAGCUCACUGAGCUCAGUGUGGCCUUUUCCACGCUCACUGGCAAGGUCCAGCAGCUGCUGGGCCCCCUGCAGACCCCACUUCGGACCCUGGACCUGGCCAACUGUGCCCUGAACUAUGCAGACAUGGCCUUUUUGGCAAGUUGCCCCCACGCUGCCCACCUGGAGGUGCUGGACCUUAGUGGUCACGACCUGGUCAGCCUGUACCCAUCCACCUUCUUCCGGCUGCUCAGCCGUGCCGCCCCCUCACUGCGGGCCCUCACCUUGGAGGAGUGUGGCAUCGGGGACCAGCACGUGAAUAGGCUUGUCCUGGGCCUGAGCCCCUGCCUCCAGCUGCAGGAGCUCCGGCUCCUGGGGAACCCGCUGUCAGCCCGUGCUCUGCGGAGCCUCUUUGCUGCCCUCUGUGAGCUCCCUGGGCUGCGGUGCAUCGAGUUUCCAGUGCCAAAGGACUGCUACCCCGAGGGUGCCACCUACCCGCAGGAUCAGCUGGCCAUGUCCAAGUUUGACCAGCAGAAGUAUGAGGAGGUGGCGGGGGAGCUGCGUGCGAUGCUACUGCGGGCUGGCCGGGAUGACAUCCAGGCUUCCACACCCCUCUUCGGGACCUUCGACCCCAACAUCCAAGAAAGAAGCCAGGAGCUGGGGGCCUUCCUACUGCAGUCUUUCAAGAGUGCUCUGGAGAAGUUUUCUAGAGCGUUAGAGCAGAUGGAGUAGGCCCUGGAGAUGGCGCCGAGGAUGGGGCAGCUAAGCAUCGGUGUGGGGGC